AUGGAAAAAUUCAAGGCAGGACUGGUCCUGGGUGGUGUUGGUGAUGCCUUGGGCUUCAGAAAAGGCCACUGGGAAAGUUGCACAUCAGGCAAAAAGAUCCAAGAAGAACUGGCAUCUUUGGGCGGUCUGGGAACACUAAAACUGGACCCUGAUAACUGGCCGCUGAGUGAUGCAACGUUAAUGCACAUGACCACAGCCGAGGCACUUAUAACAGAUUAUUGGUGUCUGGAGGACCUUUACCGUGAGCUGGUACGUCUCUACGUUGACGCCAUGGUGUCUCUUCAGGGUAGAAACCCUGAUCCGGCCACAGUGGAAGGCUGUGUUCACCUCAAACCUGACAAUUUUCUGCUUGCUUGGCACACACCCUUUAAUGAAAAAGGGUCAGGGUUUGGGGCAGCUGCUAAGGCCAUGUGUGUGGGAAUGCGAUACUGGCAACCUGAGAGACUUGACAGCCUAAUAGAGGUCAGCAUUGAGAUGGGCAGGAUGACCCACAACCAUCCCACAGGGUUCCUGGGUUCCCUGACAACAGCAUUGUUUGCUUCCUAUGCGAUCCAGGGUAAACCCCUUGGGACUUGGGGUCGUGAGCUCAUGAAGGUCAUACCUCGCGCGGAGGAGUACCUUAAGAAGACCAUACGUCAUAUGGCAGAAUAUCAGGAAAACUGGUUCUACUUUGAGGCGAAGUGGCAGUUUUACUUGGAAGAAAGGGAACUAGACAAAGAAGGGCAGAAUAAACCAUUGUUUGACAAUCGCUAUGAUGCUGAAGACACUGAUAAGAUGUACAAGCGAUGGAGUUCGGAAGGCCGUGCAGGACGGAGGGGACAUGAUGCACCUAUGAUAGCCUACGACGCCCUUCUAAUUGCAGGAAAUGACUGGGCUGAACUAUGCAAAAGGGCAAUGUUCCAUGGAGGGGAGAGUGAAGCCACAGGCCUAAUCGCAGGGUGUCUCUAUGGCCUAAUGUACGGUCUAAGACAAGUUCCUUCAAGCCUCUACCAGAAUUUAGACAAAAGGGAACGUUUGGAGGAGCUUGGAGAAGCGCUUUACAAAGCAGCGUCAGCAGAGAAGUGCAUAGACAAGUAA